CCCUAUAUAGUGCACUUACCAAGAUAAUAGGAAGCCAUUCGUGAUUCAGCCAUUGGUUUUGACUUUCUAGGAGCAAAAUAGUGGUAUUUUGUUCGCGCGUGAAUCGACUCCUUGAGCCGGCUCAGAGCAGACCCGUAUAUUUUCUUCUUUAAUACAGGGGUGCUUAUUGUAUUUGUUAAUGUCAUGGUGAUUUUACAAUUAUUAAAAACAGUUUAAUUCAAGUUAUUAUUUUGUUAAUUAGAAGGUAGAGUAAGAUUUCAUCAAACAAUUUUACCUGUAGCUGAAGGAGGAGAAUAAUCACUGGUCAAAAUAUUGCAAAAGUUUGUUUGGUUUAAACAAAAAAUGGCAACGAGAGCCGAAAGAAUCGGUUCGUAUUGGUGAACCGAACCAAACGAUCCGACUCACUGAAAAGAGCCAGAAAUCUCAUCAAGUUCAAAGUUGUUCUGUCUGCAGCUGACUCUAUUAGAUUUGAAUCCUUUCAGUGCUUUAAUAAUGACAACGCGCAUCAGACCGAGCAGUAAAAGAUGUGCUGUCAUUGGCGGCUCUGGCUUUUUGGGGAGGCACCUUGUUGAGCGUCUGGUGGAGAAAGGCUACUCGGUGGCUGUGUUUGAUAUCGCACAGAGGUACGAGGUUCCUGGAGUCGUAUUUCACCAAGGAGACUUGUGUGACAAACAGGCUUUGCUCAAAGUCUUCAAAGAUGUGUCACUGGUGUUUCACUGCGCUUCUCCUUCACCCGCCUGUGAUGACCGAAAUCUCUUCUGGAAAGUUAAUGUUGAAGGCACACGCACUGUUAUUCAGGCUUGCCAAGAGGCCAGGGUGCAGAAACUUGUCCUAACCAGCAGUGCCAGUGUGGUGUUUGAAGGAAUUGACAUCAAAAAUGGAAAAGAAGAUUUGCCUUAUGCAAAAAGACCCAUUGAUUACUACACAGAGACCAAAAUUCAACAGGAGAAGGUUGUCUUGGAGGCAUGCAGUAAAGAAAAAGAUUUCCUCACGGUGGCAAUUCGUCCUCAUGGGAUCUUUGGUCCGCGAGACCCCCAGCUUGUUCCCAUCCUUGUAGAUACAGCACGCAAAGGCAAGAUGAAGUUCAUCAUUGGGGAUGGUACUAACCUAGUGGACUUCACCUAUGUGGAGAAUGUAGUCCAUGGUCACAUCCUAGCUGCUGAGCAUCUGAAACCAGACUCUCCACUCUGUGGAAAGGCGUACCACAUAACCAACGAUGAGCCGAUCCGUUUUUGGGAUUUUAUGUCCCAGGUGCUGGUCGGUUUAGGCUACGAAGCUCCUCGCUACCACCUGCCGUACACUCUUGUUUAUGGAAUAGCCAUGCUGCUGUGGCUGAUUACCUUUCUACUGCGUCCUCUUGUGAAUAUCAAGCCCACCUUCACCCCCAUGCGUGUGGCACUGGCUGGCACCCAUCACUACUACAGCUGUUCCCGUGCCAAGCAGGACAUGGGCUACCAGCCAGUGGUGAGGCUGCAAGAGGCCAUAGCUCGAACUGUGGCCAGCUACCCACAUCUGAAAAGAGGAGGAUAAUGGUUUAUUGAAGCUGCAUCAUGUGGACACUGUGGAUCAGAUUUUGGUUGAUGCCCUCAAGCUGAAGCAGUAGUCUUGUUCCAGUUUAAAUGUGGGCGGGGAAAAAAAAGUCACUCAGGAAAUGCUGCACAAGGUUUAUACAGUGCUGUGAAAAAGUAUUUGCCCCAUCCUGAUUUCUUCUUCUUUUUUUUUAAAAAUCUAUAUCUCAUCCUAAAUAGUUUUAGAUCUUCAAAUGAAAUACAACAUAAAACAAAGGCAACCUGAGUAAACACAGACUACGUUUACAUGGACAGCAGUAAUCUAAUUAUUGACCUUAAUCUAAGUAAGGUAAUAAUGUGAUUAAGGUGUUUACAUGAGUCGCUUUUAGAAUACUCCAGUCAUGUACCCGUUUUACAUGUUAUUGAUCAUAAUUAGAUUAAGAGCCCACGUCGUUACGUCACCGAGUCACGCCGUCCGACGCUCCUCCGGAAUUUCACGUAUCAACAUACAGUUUGUCUUGGUUAUGGUACCGUAUACAGUUUUGGGUGUUUUUAUUUAAUUUUUUUUUACGAACGCUUUAAGUGCGGUUAAUUAUUAGUCAUGCUGUACGUGCAAAUAGACGACUGCUUGAAGCCAUGGGCUGCGUCUCAAAUCGCAUACUUACCUACUGUAUAGUAGCCGAGAUACAUGUAUUUUUCCCCACUACAGGCCUAUAGUAGGAAAGUAUGCAGUUUGGGACACAGCCGAACUCUCUUGUUCGCCGUAAAACUGCUGUGUGUGAUCGUGUCCUUUUUGCAAAAUGUGGUGAAAAUGCUCACACAACGUAAAAAAAGUUAUCCAACACCUUUCACCCAUGUGAAAAACUAAUUACCCCCUUCAACUUCAAAUCUGGUUGUGCCACCUUUGAACCAAAUGCUUCCAAUAACUGGAGGUCAGUCUUUCACCUACUUCUAGGAAUAGGAUUUACUCCUAUGCUUUGGGUCAUUGUCUUGCUGUGUAAAGCAGUUGUGUUUAAGUUUCAACUUACAGACUGAAGGCCGGACAUUCUCCUUUAGGAUUUUCUGGUAGAGAGAGGAAUUCAUGUUUCCCUCAAUUAUUGCAAGUAGCCCAGACCCUGAAGCAGCAAAGCAUCCCCACACCAUCACACUUCCACCACCAUGCUUGACCGUAGGUAUGCUGUUCUUUUUGUGGAAUUAUUUGCUUGGUUGACGCCUGUGUUCCAAACAGUUCCACUUUUGACUCAUCAAUCCACAGAGCAUCCUCCCAAAAGGUUUGAGGAUCAUCAAGGUGUGUUUUGGUAAACUUCAGAUGAAUCUUAAUGUUCUUCUGGGUCAGCAGUGGUUUUCACCUCGCCACUCUUCCAUAGAUGCCAUUUUUGCCCAGUGUCUUUCUGAUACUGAAGUCAUGAACAGUGACCUUUAUUGAUGCAAGAGAGGCCUGUAGUUCCUUUGAUGUUGUAUCCUUUGCUCUUUUGUGACUUCCUGGAUGAGUAGUUGCUGUGCUCUUGGAGGAAUUUUGGAAGGUCGGCCACUUCUGGGACGGUUCACUACUGUGCCGAGAUUUCCAUUUGGAGAUGACGGCUCUCACUGUGGUUCUUUGGAGUCCCAGAGCCUUUGAAAUAGCCUUGUAGCCAUCAGGCUUCCCAGACUGAUGUAUCACAAUCACCUUCUUCCUCAUCGUUUCUGGAAUUUCUUUCAACUUUGGCAUAGUGUGUUACUGGGUAAGACCAUUUACCCAGCUUCAUGCUGUUGAAUAAAGUUCUAUUUAAGUGUUCAUUUGAUUGAAAAGGGUUUGCAGUAAUCAGGCCUGGUUGCGUCUAGUCCAGCUGAACCCCAUUAUGAACGCAGUUUCAUAGAUUUGAAGAAUGAGUAACUAUGGGGGAAAAUACAUUUUCACACAGGCCCAGUUGGUGUUGGAUAACUUUUUUUGCUUCAAUAAAUAACAUUAUCAUUUAAAAACUGUAUUUUGUGUUUACUCGGGUCGCCUUUUGUUUCAUCUAAUGAUUUUGUUUUAAUUUCUGAAACAAUUUAGUAUGAGAUGUACAAGAAAUCAGGAUGGGGCAAACACAUUUUCACAGCACUGUAAAUAGAAAAUUCUGCACCACUGUGCUUAUUCUAAUACAUUAUAGUUUCUACAGUAACAACUUGUUCACAUUUUUUUUAUUAAAAGUUUAAAAAUGUGAAAUUGUUGCUCGCUUUCUGUGAGGAGACAUUUAGCCUUUUGGGAAGGAGCCGUCAGUGUCGGUGCUUUGCAACAGAGGUAAAGCUGUAAUUUUGACAUUUUCUGACAUGGCAAAGUCUUCAGUUUCUUGUUGUCAUGAGUAACAAGUACGGCUUAAAAUUUUUUUUUGCCUAAUUAUUUUGAAGAGCGAGCAAAAAAAAAAAAAAAAGAGAGGCUGGUUGGGGAACAACUAUUUAUAGUUGCUAUAAUGUAGGAAGUGAUCAUGGGAAUUAAAUUGUCUAUGUUCCACAACACUGAAUGUAAGUAAUAUAUACCAAUAAAUACUGUGUCUUCCUCAGUAAAUAAAAAUGUGUUCUUGUUGAUGAUUUGCUGUGGCAUAAGAAGAAUAAAACACUUGGUACA